GGCUCUUUCAUGCACAGUAAACCCUCAUAACGUCGUCAUUAGUUAAUGGUAAACAUACGUCACGCUGCAGAUGGAAAACAAAAUGUGCACUUUUCAGGAGCUGAAAAGUCAUGGAAAAAGAGAAACACUGGCCACAUACAAGCCGCUCUCUUAAAAUAGCACCUGUGUUGUGCCCGAUCUCUUCAGUGAAAGGACAGAGCUGAGUAUUUGCAGUGGGUUGAAACGUUGCCGGUUAUUACGGUCAGAUGUUUCCAUCAAAUACAUUGCUUGUGCUUUCUCUCUUUCAUACACAGAUCCGUUUGCUGCGUCAGACCCGUUCAGUAGCGACUCUUUUGGAGGGAAAGGUGGUUUUGCUGAUUUUUCUCAAAUGUCAAAGAGUUCGACUUCAGCGCCGAUGAGCCGAAAGCCGACGUACCCGCUUCCCCCUCCGAAAAAACCCGGACCACAGAGACCAGCGCCGCCUCCUUAUGGGAAGAAUUCGUCCGUCACGAAUAGCGGUUCAGUGGUUCAUAGUCAAGGCUUUGGUGCUCCAGCUGUUCGAAAGACACAUGUGGACAGAGGACCCGUGCCCUCGUCCUCUUCCUUACGGUCUGCUGUUAACCCGUCCACAGGGGUAACAGACUUUAGAGCCUUCGGAAAUGAGACCCAGCAGCUGGAGUGGGCCAAACGCGAGAGCCAGAGAGAGGAGGCGGAGCGGAGGAGGAGACUUCAACUACAGGAACAACAAGACCUGGAACUGGCCCUCGCCCUCAGUCGAGCUGAAGUGCCCAGAACAUGAAGCACUGCACACCUAAAGCCUUCCUCAACCAAUGAAGUGAGAUUAUAUACAGCUUUACCAAAUCCUGAGAUCAUAUAAGUGUGAACGUCAGGCAUUUAUUUAUGCACAUCAUCAGUAUCGUAAUACAUAUCAGCCAUGUCGGUUUUGCAAAGCAGAUUUGAUCCCAAGUGCUUUAUAUCUCACUGACCUUUUUGAUUACGAUCAGCUUCAUCCACCAGGGAAA